AUGAGGCCUGUUAUUGAAAUAGAUGAUAAAAAGCAGGUCAGAGGGCACAGAGUUUCCUGACUAAAGCUUAAGAUCUUCCCAGGACAGACAAUGGUAAAGGAUGAACAGACCUCGUUCCCUGCUCCAUACAAUACGAUAACUGGGGUUAAGAAUCCAAAGCCAAUGAUUAUCAAAGUAGCCAUGCCUUUCACAAAAAUAUCAAAUAAGAAAAUGGCAGCACGACGAUUCUGAUUUAAGACAGACCCUCUAUAGUUUCACUGACACUGACUGGCUGGACAUGCAGUGGAGUCUCCAAAGUGGAGUACAUGCUUCACCUUUCACAGAAGUCGAAUCUUUACUGUGAAGGAGGAAGAGAUAAACAAUGUCAACACUUGCCGCCUUGUAUAUGCAAUUCUUCCUUCCUUUAUGCUAAUGAGAAAGUCAUAUCCGAGCCAGGCAACAAAAGCCCGUGGCUCAGGUGUUUCCUCUCUGACUACAGUGAAGGUGGCCAGGAAAUCGUCCCUGUGGCUGUUUCGUGACACAUAUGGUUUCUUUCAGACACAUCCUCCUUUAACUUCCUCCUUCAGUCCAGCGUGUUGCCAAAGUGGCUGCAGAAUCUAUUAGUCUGCGUUAUGGGGAUAGAGACAUUCGCUUUUCAUGCAGCGGUCUAAACUAUCUUAUCUUCCAGGAGCGGUUUGAUUGCUUCCAGAUGUUGGAGGCUGGUGUGAUUUCUCUGUGAUAUAAUCAUAAGCUGCUGUUGACGAAUCUACUCGUCGUGUAAAAAUGAAUGACGUUUUAUUCCAGUUUGAAUGAGAUGUAGUGCGCUGCCCUGACAGGCUCACUCAUUGGAGGAAAUUGGAUGGGCAACGUAAGCGCUCCUCUUGAAUGGGAAAAUAGCAGAGGAGGAAAAACAGGCUGAGCAACACGCACUCUGUGUAAGAGCAGCCAAGCAGCGUCCACUCACAGAGACAGAGAGGGACUGAGCCUCUAGAUGCAGCCACUAGAAGGAACUCAUUGUCAUUUUUUGGAGUAAACACAUAUUCGCCAUCGGGGGUUUCCUUUUUCUUUCUUUCUUUCCUUCUCAUUUUCUUUUCUUUUUUUAAAAAAAUCACAGGAUUCACGUCAUUAGGAGCCGUGCGCGCAUUCCUCGGCAGGAUUUGCGCAUCUCCAACAGCAAAUUGUUUUCAUGCUUUACGCGCUGUUUUAAUUGACCAUCCGGGGAGAAAACAACAGUCAUGCUCCAGCGGCGGCUGGCGAAGCGUUUCAUCUGAAAUUUUUGUUAUUUAAAAAAGAGGAAAAAUGGAACAACAGCAGCAGCUCUCCAAACCAGAAUGCAGAAACAUGGACUCGUGUCUCAGACGUCUGAAGCAAGAGCUGGUGUCUAUGAAAGAAGCUGGUGAUGGCCUCCACGCUCAGAUGAAUACGAUGAUGGGAGCCCUCCAGGAACUCAAGCUCCUUCAGGUCCAGACCGCCCUAGAAAGCCUCGACAUUUCGGGGCGCCCCGUUAACCGAGGAAUCCCGCAUCCAGCUUCGGUGGCUCCUCCUGACCCGUCACCUGCAGCAGCUUCAGCCUCAGGAAAGGAUCACGUGUCCUGCUUUAGACAAAGUAUGCACGUGGAGCAAAGCCCAAGUCCGAUGCCAAGUCCGAGGGCGUCUUUGGAAAGCAGAAACUCCUUCAGUCGAGAUGAUCGGAGUCCAUCGCAAAACAGAAGCAGCCUGGGUACGUCAUCUUCCUCUGCCUCCAGCUUGCAGAGUGAGAGUGAAGCGAGUGAAAGAAGUGCAAGAAGCACAAGGAGCAGGAACGACCUUGAGUCUAUACCUAAGAGGUGGUCAGGAUACGCUGCCCCUCAGGUGGAUUUCUAUGGACCAGUGGUGGGAAACCCUCCCCCAGAACCCUACCCCCAUCCACAGGCUCCCUGUCGAGCACAAGCGGUGGACCUGCCUGGGAUCUUGUACAGCCUCUCCAGAGAGGGCCCUUCGCUGGAUAGUGACUACUCCCAAGACAGCGCGGACGAUGCCAGCGACUGGACUUCUUCGCUCAUGAGCCGCAGCCGCAACCGUCAGCCCUUAGUGCUGGGUGACAACGUAUUCGCAGACCUCGUAGGCAACUGGCUGGACCUGCCUGAGGUUGAGAGGGAGGAAGGAGAAGAGGAGGAAAGGAGGAGGACGAGGAGGGAGGAGAGCAUGGUGGACGGUGGGGAGGACAGACCUGACACCCCAGCCCAUCCUCUCCGCCUCAGUCGCUCGCAGGAGAUAUGCAGAAAGUUCUCGCUCACCACGAACAUCUUCAAGAAGUUCUUGCGCAGCGUCCGGCCCGACAGGGACAAGCUGCUCAAGGAGAGGCCGGGCUGGAUGGCUCCAGAGCUGCCAGAGGGAGACCUCUUCAAAAGGCCCAAGAAAGUGGCUCCCAAAAGUUCAAAAGGCAGCUUUUAUCUGCCUUUCUGGGCGAGCGGACAGCAGGGCAAAGGCAGACAGUGUCUGCAUCUAGCUGAGGCGGAGAGGAGCCACCAUCAACAUCAACACUUCCCCCAGUUCCACCAGCAGCCAUUUGCAGGGAUUUAUUUAGACAGGAGGCAGCCAGAGACCGGCCGGGAGAAAAUGCAGCACUUGUUUGACUACAACACAGCUGUGUGGGUCUGACAGCGAGGCUCGGCCAACAGACUGCCAGCGAUGCCAGACUGAGCGUAUGACAGGUGUUGGGGGGGUUGCGGCUGUGAUGGCAGAGAGUGAGUGGAUGAAUGGCAGGCGUGGAUACGAUUAUCUUCCAAAAAUGAACUGAUAAACUUCACAUUCUCACGUGUGUCCUCUGACAGAGAUUCUCAUUAUUUUGUCUGACAAUCCAAAAAAAAAAAAAACUGAACCUCGUUUGGUGUGCGUGUGCUGGAUGGAGAGUGUCUGAGACAGAGAUCUUUUUCAGGAUUUAUGCUACAGGUUUUUGUAUGAUUCAAAUUUCUACACGUGUGCAUGUUUGACUGGAUGCUCUAGUUGUCUUCAAAGAUGGUACAUUGAAAUGGACAUCUUUCUCAGAAUGUCACCACCAGUGCAGAUCUUUAUAAAAAAAAAAAUAAUAAAAGAGGAGUUUUUCACUUCUAUUCUAUGCUACAGGACACAGUCUCUCCUGUCAAACACAUGUGCAUCUAUGAAUAGGAACGCACAACUGUUGAAUUGCAUGGUUACCCUUUUUAUAAGUGACGCCACAAACAGCUGUUACUGAACGCACUGCCACUAAACAAGCUCCCUUUCGUUUCCAAACACCUUGGAAACUCAGGUUUGACUGAACACGUCUCAUUCAACUUUCUCAGGGAAUGAAUGCCAGACAGGAGAAAAAACAAAUGAGACACUGUCACAUUAAAAUACAUCUUAUCUAUGACAUAACAGCAAUAUGAUGCAUGACUAGAUCAGAGACACGGUGAACUUUGUCUCCCGUAAUUAGCAACGUUGUGCUUGCUGUCGUGUUCGAAACAAUCACUUUUCUUCUCGGCCGUGUAGAAUUGGCAAAUGUUGAGUCAACUGAAAAGUCCUCUCGGGUUUUUACGCAGAGAGAGGAGGGGGCAAGAAUGGCAGCGCCAACAAUGAGUACAGACUAACUGACAGCCAUCUGGUACCCGGACGUUAUGUAAAGCAUGUUCGCCACGAGCUCGAAGAACAGAACGGGCUCAUUUAAUCCCAAAGCUUUGUCAUUGAACCGAAAGAUGACGACAGUGUUGCCUACUGUACAUAUCCAAGGGUGAAUGCAUUACAGGGCUGUAACGGAGACAGGUCAUUUGAGGUAAACACCCACAGUCUGUGUCAGGCAGGACUAAAUGUACAGGACAUUGUACAUAUGUCAUCAACCGAACAGCAGCAAUACGACGCAUUCAUUGUAAUUUCCCACAGCAUGAUUUUUAUUAUUCUUCACAGAUAAGCAGCAAUGUAAACAACACUUUAACUAGUUAAACCACAAACUCAUAACUUCAUCUUUGUCCUACAGUAUUUAUUCUCUUGUAAACUGCUUCAUUGUUUUGCAUCUCUUAACAGUUGAAAUCAAACUACAGCUUCGGUCACAAAUUCCCUCAGGAUUACGGAUGACACUGCCCACUUUUAUCUUUUUGAGGACCACUGUUAUGCAAGGACAAUCUGAUGAAUUGUUAUGAAAAGAAAAGAAAAAAAAAACAUUUCACUCAGUUUUGAAACGUAAUACCAGACCAAUCAACUCAGUCAGCAGGGAUUAGGCCAGAGGUCUUUUGAGUGUCUUGGCCAGUCGAUCCAUAUGGUGCAGUCUCAGUAUUCAGGUCAAUACGUACAGCACAUUCAGAUGGUCCAACACACAAACAAGCAGUUUCUGCUCCUGAGACGGCCGCGCCAUAAGGCGCAGUCUGCGAUGUCGUAUCACACAGUAUGUUAGCGUGACAUUCGUUUCUUCCUGUUAAAAAGUGUAAAUUUUCAGCACUGUUGUUGAUAUUUUUCACCAGGAUUCUGCGAACCUUCAGUCGUGAAUACGUGUCAUGUGCACUGUAAAAUUGUCACUGACUCUUUGUAAAUUAAAUCUGUUUUCAGAAAGAAA